UUUAGUCCACUGAGCUUUGCGGGCCACCUUUAUUUUAUUCCUGGGCUAUUACCGUAUUCCCGGAAGACGCGAUAUAAGAAAAGGCGGGGAGGGCUAAAAUAUCCUUGUGGUAAACAAACGAAACGGCCAAGAGAGCCCAUUUUUCUCCAUACAACAAAAACUCUCCUAGGCAGGACCCGGUUUUUAUAAAGGUGAGUUUAGUGAAUUCGAGCAAGCUACAUCUCCGGGCAUUAGCGGAAUUCGGGUACUAAUUGUGGGAGGAGGCGCCCUGAUAGCUCUCAGGACAACUCUAGUGACGAAGCGCUGACCAUGUCCAAGGCAAUCGAAGAGACACUGCGGAAGCUGGAAGGCACGCACAUUAGCAACGCGGGGUCGGCGACAUCGGGGUCACCCACGACGACAUCGGCGCCAUCGCCCACAGCCACCAACGCCAAGGAGGUAGCGAGCCCGGGCCCCAGCUCGUCGUCGAACUCGCCAGCCACGGCAGCAUCGGUGGUAGUGCAGUCGCCGGAGCAGCAGCAGCAACAGCAGCAGGAGGCUGAGCUGGCCAGGCGCCGCGGGAACCGCCGUGUGGUGCAGAGCAUGUAUGGCGCCCCGCCCGGCUAUAACGCAAGCAUGGGCAUUGGCAGGGACUCGAUGAACCGUGGCCGGAUGGCCAGCAGCGGCAGACAGCGCAACAGCAUCAUGAUUCCGGUACGUAUCGCGGUGUGUUUGGUCUCCGUCUCGUAGGGUGGCUGUGGCAGACAAAAACGCCUUUUAUUUUGCGCAAGCCGGCCUGUUGUUGCACUGGAUUGUUUCCUGUUCGUUAACAGCUCCAUCCGCUAGCCGAACGGAUGUGGCUUGCAGCGCAAUAAGACGAGGGGGUAUCA